AUGACUGUUGCUGGGAAUAUCAUGGUCGUCGUUGCCGUCUUCACCUACAGGCCCUUGAAGAAGGUCCAAAAUUAUUUUCUAGUCUCUCUUGCUGUUUCCGAUCUUUGUGUGGCAAUAUUUGUGAUGCCACUACACGUCAAACUCUAUGAGGAAAACUUAUAA